AUGUCUGAUUAUCGAUUGACUAUAACUGAAAGCAUUCUGGAACAUGCACGCCCGUCAAACGAAGUGUUUAGCAUAUCAAGCGAAGAUUCCGAGUUUGAGGAGUUGCAAGAAGGGGAGAAAAUUGUGAAUGAUGACGUUGUCGUUGACCUUUCUGUGAUCAAUCGAUAUUUGGCGGACAUUGGUAUUAGCGAAUGGCUGGGAAAAGGCACUUCUCAUGAUACAUCAAAUGAUAUGGGGCAUGCGGCGGCCGUCGAAAGCAGUUCACGUCACCUGAAUCAAACCGCGGCUGCCCAUCAGCCCGAGGAAGAUCGACUUGGCAACGCAAGACUGGGGUAUGGUUUGAAGCUUGUCCGCCAUGGUAUCUAUGAGGACAGGCCUAGUUCACUGAUCGUUCUAGAUUUUGACUUCAAUUAUGACAGUACGUGUGCUAUUACGAGAGCACAAAUCAGUAUCAUAUUUGGAAGCAAGAUUACUCAGGAAUCAGCUGAACCCCCAAACGUCUCAAUAGUUCCAUUUGCAACGGACAUGAGAUGGCCUAGGAAAGCUUCAGGGCCUUUGGCUGAUACCGAAAUUUCCGACCAAACAACGUGGAAGUUGAAUUUGGGAGCUCAAGGAUACAACAUCGAGAGCCCAGAAUUCAUGCGUUCUAUUUCAGGGAAGAAGACAGACAGCGGCUGGAGAAUCGCUGGUGGACCCGUGUUCGUGAACAAACCUUUCCCAUGUCGACGUGGAUUUCUAUGGACUGUCAAUGGCCAUGAAUUCAACAGAUUUCCGGUCCCGGAGAAUUUCAGCCUGGGUAUGAUCGUCAAUCACGACAUGGUCGACUACUGGGUGCAGGUCAAUAUCGAGGGCUCCUUGCGCGGUGUGAUUAAGAAUCAUGCUGCCAAGUUAUGGGCUUAG